GUGUUCUGCCGUCUGGCAGGUGAUUUUAUUCCAGAUGGCGAUUGUUAACUAAUAACUACUUUUUUCAAAAAUAACCGUCGUCGGCUGUUGAAUUCUCAUCUCGUAGUUUUUCACUUUGGUAUUUCAAUAUUCUGCUUAUUUAUACAUGGAAAAGUUUACAUUAUAGUCUUAAGCAAGUAUUCUGUAAUUGAAUAUUUCUAACUCCUAUAGUUCUAGGUAUUUCUAUAGAUUCUACUUGAGUGGAUGUAUCAACAAUUUGAAUACGAGCAUUCUUUGAUAUCCUGAAAUCCUUUUACAAUAUCACAUCUUCCCCUCCGUUUUGUUUUUAGUUUUCAUCUAACAUGAGUACUUUCGCACUGAAGUCAAAAGAAAACAGAUUACAGAGACCGCGGCCGCCUCCAGUAACCACUGUGGCACCUAAUACCAAUACGACGUCAUCUGUGCCCCGUCGUACAGUGGGUUUCGGAACGACCACGGUGGCGGCUGCUAAACCGAAUGGUGCGCAGUACCGUCGAUCAGUGUCCACAACUAUUGGCAAGACACCGGAUCUACUACACCCUCCUAAGUUUGGCGGCCAACAGCUGUCCAACCGCGGUUGCAAGCCGGACAUCACUAAAAAUCUGCCCACCAAAACUGUACAGAAACCACCAUCACAGCCGUGCGAACAAGCGGCACAGUCAAGGGUUCCCCCCAAAGAAAUAUUUAAAAUUCCAACUAUUGCCAAUAUUCCAAAAAAAGCUACUCAAGUGGCCAAGCCACCCACAACAGUCAAUCAACUCCAGAACAAUUUGAAGGCAGCUACCCUUGAAGAAAAACCUUGUACUGAUCAACAAAACAAUAAAAACAUGGGUCUAACAGAUAAAAAAAAUGAAAUGAAAUGGACUUUGGAAAAUUUUGAUAUUGGUAAAGCAUUAGGUAAAGGAAAAUUUGGAAACGUGUAUCUUGCCAGAGAAAAGAGUUCUGGAUUUAUUGUUGCUCUUAAAGUUUUAUUUAAAACGCAAAUAUUAAAAGCAAAUGUUGAGCAUCAGCUCAAAAGAGAAAUUGAAAUCCAAACACAUUUAAGGCACCCAAAUAUUGUGCGUAUGUUUGGAUAUUUCCAUGAUGAUGCUAGAGUAUAUAUGAUCCUAGAAUAUGCACCCAAACAGCUGUACAAAGAAUUACAAGCUCAAGAAAAUCAACGUUUCUCUGAAGAAAGGGCAGCACUUUAUAUUAAGCAAUUAACCGAAGCGCUGAUAUACUGUCAUGAUAAAAAUAUUAUACAUCGUGAUAUAAAACCAGAGAAUCUUUUACUUACCAAAGGAGGUGACUUGAAAAUUGCUGAUUUCGGGUGGUCCGUACAUACACGGGAUUCAAAGCGUAUGACAUUGUGUGGAACCUUAGACUAUUUGCCACCAGAAAUGGUGAGCGGAAACUCUCAUGACAAGUCAGUUGAUGUUUGGAGUGUAGGUGUAUUAUUAUAUGAGAUUUUAGUUGGCAAACCACCAUUUGAAGCUUCAACAUAUGAAGAGACAUAUAAACGGAUAUUAAAUGCUCAAUAUAUUUUCCCGCAACAUGUUGCUCCACUUGCCCGAGAUCUCAUAUCACGUUUAUUGAGAGUGAAACCAGAGACUCGUUUACCACUGAAAGAUGUGUUACUACAUGACUGGAUAAAAACACACACCAAACCCUAAAAGUAACAAUUAUUUUAAGAUUUCAAUUUUAUGAAAUCCCUAUUUUGUAUGUAACUAUUAAAAAAAACUGUAACUAGACUUAGUAUUAAAUUUAGAUUGGUUUAAAAUUCAAUUUCUUUAUUAUAGUUGUUAUUGUGUCAAUUGUAUAAAGUUUAAUAUAACAAAAUAAUUGCAUUUAAUAAGACUUGGCAUUAAUACGUUUUUUGUAUACAACAUUAUUUUGUACUAUUUUAAAACCUCAUAAGUCUUAAUUCUUUAGUCUUAUUGUACCUUAAGAAAUUAAAUGCUUAAACUAUCAUUCAAUUCUACUACACAUGUAUGAAGUAUAUGCUAAGGAAAAUUAAAAUUUACCAUAGUUCUUUAAUUUUUUAUGCCUAUACAAAAAAAAUGUUUUACACUUUUGUACUAAUAAUUUCUUUUUUUACAUGAGUGAAGUUGAUUAAUUUCAUUUCUGUAUAAAAAUAAUUCCACGCUAGACUGUGAUUUAUAAUACAUACUUACUAAUUUUUAUUUAAUUGGA